UCACUUCCUAUUUAUUUUGCAGGAGGCACGCGAGAGAGAGAAAGAGGCGAAGAAGACAGACAUUAGAGCGAGAAAGAGGGCGAGAGAGGGGAUGUCGUGGCAAUCGUAUGUCGACGAGCAUCUGCUGUGCGAGGUGGCAAGCGGCGCGCGUCUUUCUGCUGCCGGCAUUUUCGGUCAUGGCGGCGACACAUGGGCGGUCAGCGAAUCCUUCCCCAAGAUCAAACCUGAAGAGUUUACUGCAAUAAUGAGUGACUUUGAUGCGCCUGGAUCUCUUGCGACAAAUGGAUUAUACCUUGGUGGAACAAAGUUUAUGGUUAUCCAAGGCGAACCAGGUGCAGUAAUUCGAGGGAAGAAGGGUAGCAGCGGUGUCACUAUAAAAAAGACUAACAUGGCUUUGAUCUUCGGCAUAUAUGAUGAGUCGAUGACCGGUGGAGAAUGCAACAUGGUCGUGGAGAGACUUGGCGAUUACCUCUGUGAUCAAGGCUUCUGAAUACAAGCAUUGCAGCUUGAUAAACUUCUUAUUCUGUACUCGCAUAUUGAAUGAACCUGCAAUGAAUAAUCAGCUAAAAGUCAUGUUAGAGUAUUCAAGUCCUGUUGGUUGCCUGUUAGCAUGCUCUCUAGAGCUGUAUCAUGCGAGGGUUAACCCUUCUCCUGUUUGUGUUUCUGUCUGUAUCUUGAAAAUGUUGUUGGAAGUUUGGUUUAAAGUUGGGAUUAAUUUGUGCAUGAUUUAUGCUCUAAAAGUCAAAUGCAUGUAUAUCGUUUUAAACUUAUUUCAAAAUCCAAUAUUGUGUAUACGUA